ACCGGAAGGAACCUGGCAGAAAGAACACAGCCGACCUCUCCUGACCUGACCUGACCUGACCUCUUCACCACACGGAACGACCAUUUGAGGAUCUUCUUUAAUUGGUGGCCAUCUUUACGUCUGUUAACAAGAGACAGUGAUGAUGGGCGGUAGCUGGUGUCUACUGAGCGCGACCCUGCUACUGUGGGUCACCUUGGCUGUUCCACACCCUCAUCCUAUACAAGAGAGUGAUUCAGCCGAGAUACCAGAACGCCUGCGAGAACUGUUGCUAAUUCGUCGUCUUAUCUCCACUCUCAACGGCUGGGACGGCUCCAGCCCAACAGAUGUUCAACCUGGGAUGCGCGAGUCAAGCCUCCAACAUGAACUAGAUCAACUCGGUAAGGCCAGUGCUGCCAAUAUAGACUUCCGUAACCUGAGAGUAACUGGUCGAUCCAUCCGUUCCUUCUGUUCAACUAACACUGAUCGUCAAUGCCGUAACUUCUGCUUUAAUUUGGGCGAUCCUGCAUGUGCUGAAGGCGAUAUGGGUGGUAAUGGCGAGGAUUCCAAUUUCCUAGGUGGCGCCAACACCCCUGGAAAAUAAAGAGAUUGGUUAAAUAAUGAAGAAAUAAUCCACUGACAAGAUCUCACUCUGAGGAUUAUAUGGAACUAUCAUCUGGCUCCUGCCGCUGAUGCUCAGGAUAUUACGUUACAGUACAUGAUAUAAACAAGCCUAAAAACAAAUUAUAAAGACACAGUAAUGAAAAAUAUAGAUAAAUAUUAGUAAUUGAUGUUUUUUCCAACCUGACGAGUGUGAGGAGACAGGAGUGAAUAUGAAGAUUAUCACAGAAUAUUCGAUAUUUUCGUAUGACGGCGGAGGAAGUGAAGAAGAAACACAAGGAAUAAUAAAUAGAUACUAAAAUAAUUUAAUAUAUCAUGGCUUAAGAAACUGAUACUGCAUAUAAAGAUUUUCUGAUGUUUUAAAAGAGGUAAAUAUACUGUAUCGUAAUGAUUGACAAUGUAAACAGAAAAUAGUGUUGACAUUGGCGUUCAAAUUCAACUUUAUUUUACCUAUAUUUUAAAUUUAUAAAAUAACUCUUAAGUUAACUUUAUUUAGAGGCUGGAUUAAUAUAUUUUUAACAUCUUAAUCUUAUAAUAAUCACUUUAAAAUAUCUCAACUGUUUCACAAAAUUAUAAUAAAUAUCAAAUACAAAUGAUCGAUUUUGCUUUCGAUUCAACACAAAUAAACAAAAGAUUUAAUCUCUAUUAAUUCUCAAAAAAUAUUUCCUAACCCAAAAUUUAAUAAAAUAGAAUAAUUAAUAAUAAUAUUGACGCCAAAUAAACCACAAAUAAAUCAGAAAUAAUUUGGUUAAUUUUAGAAUUCGUGCAAUGAGAUAUUUCAUAUAAUGUCAUUUAUUCUUUAAGAUCAUUUUAAUAAUAUUUGACUUAAUUUUGAGGGUUUUAAUAUAUUAAUCUUUUAUUAUUGUUACGGUAUUUUUAUUUAAUUUUAUGGUAUUUUCCAAUUGUGUUGAUAUCUUGUUUAUGAGUCAGUCAAUAAUGUGAUGGAUGGUUGUGUAUAUAAUAAAGUUUAAAGAAAUGACAGAG